CUGGAAAUAUGGACAAUUUAUUCAACAGUAUUUAUUAAGUACCUGUGUGAGACAACUUCACCUGUGAGUGAAUAGCAUUGUCUGACUCCAGUGAUAGUCAGUGGGGGAAGGUUUCAGGUACAGCAUAACAUACAAUACUUCAGUGCUAAUUAGUCAAAAUGCUGUUGAAUUAGGAAUGCUAAUUCUAUCAAAUGAAGUUUGUCUAUUCUCAGUACCCAAAGGAGCACAAAGAAUCCAGCAGAUGGCAGUAAGGAAACAAAUAUUUUAGGUUGUGAAGGAAGAAGAAGAAAUCUGAGGUUAACGAAUGGGAGAUAUUUGAUAGAUGUUCUGGUGGUCCUGGAUUCCUUUUGGAGGAAUGCCUGGAUAGGUGUCCAGGCCACCUUAGGGUCAAUAAGCUGGAAAUCAUUUUUCCAUGUCUUUUUAUUUAUUCAUUUCACAAAUAAUUAUUGAGUGAUUACCUUGUACAAAAAUGUGACAGGUGUGGACAUACAAAUGUAGUAAACAGUCUUUGCUUUUCAGAAGCUCUUGUUGAGAAAGGGCUUUACUAGGGUUUCCAUAAUGUUCACAGCUGCCAAGGUUCUUUGUAAAAACUGGGCAGAGUUCAUAUGACGACUAGACUAGAAUGGAAUCCCUCUGUAUUUCCAUGCCCUUUGGAGUAUAGAUAAUUAGCAAUUGAACGCUAAGGAGGACUUUGGAUGGGGGAAGGUUAUUUAAUGCAGUCUGAGUUAUGUAGUCUUUUUGAUAUGUCUUUUAAACUUUGUUUUCAUGUGUUUUUCUUACUUUUCUUGCUAUAUUGUUGUCAAUUCCUCAUUGCCUUAUUUAUCAAAUAUUUACAUUUAAUGAACUCUGUCACCAUGUCUAGCACUGUUUGAAGCAAACAAAACAGGUCUAUUUUUAUGUCUUUAGAAGGAAGGUCCCACAAGCCCGCACUUUAAACAGUAAACGCUGGAAGACUUCUUGAUGGUUGUGAUGUUUUGUAGUGCACGAGUGCUUAGCAUCUCGGACUUGACACAAGAGCUGCAAUCCGAGUUCUUUCCAAGACUGUCAUUUGAGGCGCUCAGUCCUUCCCAGUCCAGCUGAUUCUCAGUAAGAGUUCAUAGCAACACGAUCAAAGAUACGAACCUAUAUUGGCCUACCGAGCCACCAUAGUUACACCGUCUUCCGCCCGUGGAUUCCUUGGGGUGUGACGUACGUUUGUCACGUGAUCCGGAGUCACCUCCGGAUUGGCUUCUCUUCUCUCCGGCUAGCUAGACUGAGCGCCGAGAAGGUGGUGCGCAUGCGCAACACCGGGGUUUCCUUGGCCGCCCACCCUGAACGAAGCUGUGGAGUUGGGGAUAAACAGGCAGUGGCUGGGGAGGAGAGGGAGGGGGGCAUUCGCUUUUUGGGGGACCUCAGGUGCCUGGGUUUUUCUUUAGGUUUGUUCUAUCCGAGACGCGGGACCCCCGGGGCCCGGCUUGAGUGUUCCUGUCUAGUGAGAGAAGGUAGCUUUUGCGGAGAGCAGUUCAAGUUGCUAGGAAGGUGCCAGACUGGAUCUCUCCCCCAUGCCGGGCAAGUGGUGCGGUCCUGAGCUUGUCCUGGAGCCUGAACAACGCCUGUGAGAAGCCCGCCGAACGCGGGUUCUGUGAAGAGACGUGGGGAAGAUUCGAUUCCGAGAAAAGGAAAAGUCGGAUUGAAAGGGAGUGAAGCCGCUGAGGGGGAGGGGGCUGCCAAGAUGGCGUCCGCCUCCUCAGGGCCAGCGGCGGCGGGGUUUUCACCCCUUGAUUCCGGGGUCCCUGCCGGUACCGCAGGUUUCAGCUUUCUGUGCUGUGGGGUCCGCCGUAAGAGAGCAGCAGCAUCUGGAAUCAAGAGAGGCACAGUAUCUGAGGGACCUUAUGCCUCUCUCAUGCCUGUCAAGAAAAUAGGCCAUCGAAGUGUUGAUUCCUCUGGAGAGACUACAUACAAAAAGACAACUUCAUCAGCCUUGAAAGGUGCCAUCCAGUUAGGUAUCACUCACACUGUGGGCAGCCUUAGCACCAAACCAGAGCGGGACGUCCUCAUGCAAGACUUCUACGUGGUGGAGAGCAUCUUCUUCCCCAGUGAAGGCAGCAACCUGACACCGGCUCACCAUUACAAUGACUUUCGGUUCAAGACCUAUGCACCUGUCGCCUUCCGUUACUUCAGAGAGCUAUUUGGCAUCCGGCCUGACGAUUACUUGUACUCCCUUUGCAGUGAGCCAUUGAUUGAACUCUCCAAUUCUGGAGCUAGCGGUUCCCUCUUCUACGUGUCCAGUGAUGAUGAAUUCAUCAUUAAGACCGUCCAGCAUAAAGAGGCAGAAUUUCUGCAAAAAUUGCUUCCAGGAUACUACAUGAAUCUUAACCAAAACCCUCGUACUUUGCUGCCCAAAUUUUAUGGACUGUACUGUGUGCAAGCAGGCGGCAAGAACAUACGAAUUGUGGUGAUGAACAAUCUCUUGCCUCGGUCAGUCAAAAUGCAUAUGAAAUAUGAUCUCAAGGGUUCAACUUACAAGCGGCGGGCUUCUCAGAAAGAACGAGAGAAGACUCUCCCCACCUUUAAAGACCUGGACUUCCUACAAGAUAUCCCCGAUGGCCUUUUUUUAGAUGCUGACAUGUACAGUGCUCUAUGUAAGACUCUGCAGCGUGACUGUCUGGUGCUGCAGAGCUUCAAGAUUAUGGACUAUAGCCUGUUGAUGUCCAUCCACAACAUGGAUCAUGCCCAGCGAGAGCCCAUGAACAGCGAAACACAAUACUCAAUUGACACUCGCAGACCAGCCCCGCAGAAGGCUCUCUAUUCCACAGCUAUGGAGUCCAUCCAGGGCGAGGCUCGCCGGGGCGGCACUGUGGAGACUGAGGACCACAUGGGUGGCAUCCCUGCCAGAAACAACAAAGGGGAAAGGCUCCUGCUUUACAUUGGCAUCAUUGAUAUUCUGCAGUCCUACAGGUUUGUUAAGAAGUUGGAGCACUCUUGGAAAGCCCUGGUCCAUGAUGGGGACACGGUGUCAGUACAUCGUCCAGGCUUCUAUGCUGAACGGUUCCAGCGCUUCAUGUGCAACACAGUGUUCAAGAAGAUUCCCUUGAAGCCUUCUCCUACCAAAAAGUUUCGGUCUGGCCCAUCUUUCUCUCGGCGAUCAGGCCCCAGCGGCAACUCCUGCACUCCUUCCCAGCCGACAGCCUCUGGGGAACACAAAGCACAAGUGACUACGAAGGCGGAAGUGGAGCCAGAUAUACACCUUGGGCGUCCUGAUGUCUUACCUCAGACUCCACCGUUGGAGGAGAUAAGUGAGGGUUCACCUGUUCCUGGUCCCAGUUUCUCACCUGCAGUUGGACAACCUUUGCAAAUACUAAAUUUGAGUUCAACCUUGGAAAAGCUUGAUGUUGCAGAGUCAGAACUCACCCAUUGAGCAGCGAGCCUUGGAAGACCUGAGACAAGACUCCGCUAUGGCUUUGAUCCCAAGAUGGCAGCCCUUGCCCCAGGAAUGCUGAGUCGUCUUCUCGGUCAUCAACAGAGGAGAGAAUGUGGAGCUAGCAGGGCUCUGUCUCUGUCUCCCCUUCCUCUGGGCAGUAGUGCCUUUGACAGUUGAGGACAACAUCGUCCCCACCACUCCAGAGUGGGUGGCAUGAAUUUUCCACUGCCUGCCAUGGCUUCUAUAGCUGACUAUUUUCAAACCCCCAUUCUUUGUGCUGGACGCGGGGUUGCUGGCCUAGGUGGUUUCCUCCUCUUUACCUUUCACCUGGAGCUGGACUCUUAAUCUCCUCAGGACAGACUGGCUGGACAUUGCUCCUACCUUCGAUCCUCCCGCUGGUCUUUGAGACUCCCAAUGAUUUUAUGAAGGUGUUUGGGAGGAGAGUGAGGACGGUCCUUACUCCCAGGCUAGUUUUUUCCUUAAAAAAGGAAAGAAACACAAAGAGCACACAGUGUAAGUUUGAGCCAGUCUCAGAUAAACGUUCUUGUAUAGAAGAGCCCGAGUGUUCGUGAAGUAGAAAGGCUGGGGCUGCCCCGCCAGCAGCUGCUCUCUGUCUCCCUCACUUAGGGCUGAGGGAGUAGACAGGGGCGUGGCUACACGUACCCUUUUUUAAAGACAGUGGGGCAGCCAUGUUAGGAGAGUGGACCUUAGCAGGACCCUACUCACUGCCAGGUCAUACAGUUACUACUUACUAUUCUGCGAUUUGGAAUGUAUCCUAAUAGUUUUUCUAAAUAUAAAGAAUUAUCAAAUGAUUUUAGACCAUUCUCCAAAGGAGAUUUCUUUGUUCUUCCUAUAUUUUCCAACAGUAUUCUGCUCUUUGUGGAGCUACGGUGGAGGGAGAUGUUUGUGUCUGUUUAACAGGCAGUCCGUAUCUAUGAGGCUAGAGAAUAUUUUCUUAAACUCCUGGGGAGCCACAGACUUCCUUCUGUAAGGUUGUCGCCAUGCCACCUGGCCUGCCCCUUCCUCUGUAGAGAAGCUGGAAACAGGGCCACGGAGCCCUCUCCUUCCUCUCAGUUACGGCCCAUCUGGUCCUACGGUGGGGCAGUGCAUGGUGUUUGAGGCCAGCUGUGGAAAUCCCACAUUAGCUCCUUCUCCAUCCCGUCUCACCCUGACAGCAGGUUAGCCAGCCCCACGUAACUGUCUAUAUUAGACGCCCCAGCCGGCUUCCGGCUGCCUGUCUUUGCUGCCAUGUUCUUUUUUACAAGAAGGAAAGAAACAGUUUCUUGCUAUUUUUUUUCAUAAUUUACUAUUUAUGAUGUAUUUAAGUGUUUUAUUCAGGACAGAGUUCUGUAAGGGGUGGGAGGGAGUAUUUGAGGGAGGGCUGGGGACUUAGAGAGGACAUGGGAUUCAGCAUUUUUAUGGAGUGUUACUAUUUGCCUCUACUUUGUAUUGUUGAGAAAUGACAAAUGCAGUAUAAAUAAUAAAUAUCUGGUUUUACUGUA